UGAGGUGAGGGUAGGCGGGGUCACAGGGGGCUGGCCUCGCGCGCUCUGACCCGGCCGCUCGGGCCUCCGGGGGGCGCUCCAGGGCGAUUCCCCCUCGGAGGAGCUCAGCCGGCGGGGUCCCCGCAGCAGCUUCGGGCGGGCGGGUCGGCCCCCUCCCCUUUGCAGAAGCCUCCAAAUCCAUCAGCUUUUGUGCCCUUUCCUCAGAAGGAAAAGCCCCUCCGUCAUUCGCAUCCCUGACUUGGGCCUCAGGGCGCCCGGUCCCCAGCAGCCUGGCACUCCGCCGGGUCCCGGGGCGCCCUCCGAGGAAUUGUUCCGACCGUGGGGGUCCGUUAUUGCAGUUUGAUGAGUAAUGCCUGCUGCCUAAAGAUUGAAGGUAUGGGGCAAGACUUCCCAUUACUACUUAAUCAAGAGGAAUUGAGUUUGAAACAUACUCUCUUAAAGAGACUUUGGGAACAAGAAGUGUUCAGGCAGGUUCCUCUGUCAGACUCACAGGAUGCUGGCCAUUGAUCUUUCUCCUUGUGUGACCUUAGAGGAUGUAGCUGUGGAAUUCAACCAGGAGGAAUGGACUUUGCUAGUUUAAACUCGGAGAAACCUAUACAGAGAUGUGGUGCUGGGGAACUACGAGAAUCUGGUUGCAGUAGCUCUGCUUGCUUAGACCUCUGCCAGGUGAGGAGGGAGACACAGAAAGGGAAGAAUGGGUGCAGGAUUGCUGACAUCUUGGUCACAGGACUUGGUGACCUUUGAGGAAGUGGCAGUGGACUUCUCCCAGGAGGAGUGGGCACUACUGAACUCUGCUCAGAAAAUCCUGUACAGAGAUGUGAUGAUGGAGAACUUUAGGAACCUGGCCUCUGUGGGGUAUCAUCUCUGUAAAUACAGUCUGAUCACUGAGGUGGAGCAGGAAGAACUGAGGCCAGGGAAGAGAAGAAUUCUCCAAGGGGCCUGUUCAGUUUCAGGCUGGGCUACUCAACUUAAAUCAAAACAUGCAAUUCCUAUGCAGAAUGUUCCUGGGGAAAAAACUUCUAAUGGCAUAAAAAUGGCACCAACUCACCAUGGUGAGAAACCUUUGGAAUUUGGUCACUGUGGAAAAUGCUUCAGGAAGAACUGUCACCUUAUUUGUACAAGAUAUUGCAAGGGACAGAAAUGCUACAAAUAUAAAGAAUACAGGAAAGAUUUUGACCAUUUCUUAACUCUUAGGAGUCAUAUGAGUACUCACUCUGAAGACAACAUUUCUGAAUUUAUUGACUGUGGCAGAGUUUUUAAUCUAGAGUCAUCCUGUAGGGAACACUCAAGAACUCUCACAGGAGAGAAAUCUUCUGAAUGUAAUCAAUGUCUUCUGUCCUUCAGCUUACACUCUUCCUUUUCAGUACAUGUGCAAAAACCUAUUGGAGAGAAACUCUGCAAAUGCAGUGACUAUGGACAAAGACCUUCCCUUAGUGUGCACAAAAACUCGUGUACUGAGGAGGGAAGCUCCAAAUGUGGUAAACAUGGGAAGGUUUUUACUGGCCCCUUGUCCCUUCAGAAAUGUGCGAGACCUCACACUGCAGAGAAACCUUAUGAAUGUAGUGACUGUGGGAAAAUAUUCAUUUUUCACUCUUCCUUUAAGAAACAUGUGAGAUCACACACUGGAGAGAAGCCUUAUGAAUGUAAUCAUUGUGGAAAAUUCUUCAGCCAGAGCUCUCAUCUUAAUGUGCACAAAAGAACUCACACUGGAGAGAAACCCUAUGACUGUAAGGAAUGUGGCAAGGCUUUCACUGUUCCUUCCUCCCUCCAAAAACAUAUGAGAACCCACACUGGAGAGAAGCCCUAUGAAUGCAGUGACUGUGGGAAAGCCUUCGUUGAUCAGUCAUCCCUUAAGAAACAUCGACGCUCUCACACUGGAGAGAAACCUUAUGAGUGUGAUCAAUGUGGAAAAUCCUUCAGCACAGGCUCUUAUCUUAUUGUGCACAAGAGAAUGCACACUGGAGAGAAAACCUAUGAAUGUAAAGAAUGUGGGAAGGCCUUUAGGAAUUCCUCUUGCCUGCGGGUACAUGUGAGAACUCACACAGGAGAAAAGCCCUAUAAAUGUAUUCAUUGUGGAAAAGCAUUCAGCACCAGCACUAACCUUAUAAUGCAUAAGCGAAUACAUACUGGCAAAACUUUAAGAAUUAAAUGUCUACAGGCUAGCUUUAAGUGGUCCUUCACACCUCAUUCCUCACUCUAGAACUCACACUGGCGAGAAACCUCAUUGUGACCAAUGGUGAAAGCCUUUAGGCACAACUCUCAACUUACCUUAUACAGGGAGCAAUCUUGUAAGUGUUACAGUUCUAUGGUUGUCUUAUCAGUGAGUGUUUCAUCCUUAGAGUUUGACAACUCAUUAAUUGAGUAUUAAAUGUAAUGUAGCAUUCUAAAUUUUCCUUGAUUUACAUCACAAAAGUUUUGAUAGAUAAUGUUUUCAUUGUAAUUUAGUACCAAUUCUCAUCAAGAUGUCUUGGAUCUAUACAAGAUUCUUGGAUUUAGAAAUGUGUUUUAAUGUGAAAACUCUGCAUAUUUUAAUUAUCUUUUAGUUAUAGAUUUCUAAUUUAAUUACAUUGUGCACUCAAUAUAUGGUCUUUGUGAUAUAGAUUCUAAAUGACACAUAUUCAGAUAGAAAAUUGUUGGAGAUUUGCUUUGUGGCCUAAUGUGUCAGAUAGAACCAGUUGCUGUCCCAUAUUCAUUGCUCUCUUCCUUCCUUAAAGUAACAGAACUACAAUUGUGUUCAAGUUGGCAGUGUGGACAGUUUGUUAAGGAAUCAUCUAGCUUUCCUUGCAGCUAUGAGUGCUCAUGAGCCCACAGUCCUGGCCAAUGAGAAAGAAUGAGAACUGCUCCUGGGUUUUAAAGAAACCCAUGGAAAUGGGAGCAUCUCAUCUGUCAUUUUCUCGUUACCAUUUUCCAUUUAUCUUAUCUCUCCUUCCUUCUUAGGAAAUAAACCAAAAGGAUGGCAGUCAUAGGCUACUGAUUAUACAGCAAGGACAUACAAUAGUAUUUAGCUGUACCAACCCUGGGUUGCUUAUUUCUGGACUUCAUGUAACAUGAAAAAAAAAAAGCUCCAAACUGGAUUAAACCACUCUUGUAGGAAGAGUCUAUUACAACGGAUUUCACUCUUAAUUGAUAGAUCUCUUAUGUGGCCAGGUUUUAUGAAUCCUUCAAGUAUAUUU